GCGAGCGCGGCGGGACAGGCAGCGGCAGAAGUGGAGCACAAUCUCCGCAGGAGGGCUCCAGCGCGCAGAGGGCACCAGCCUGGGACGCAAGCGCUGCCCGAGACCGAGCGUCGCGCUGCGCUCGCCCAACCUGCGCGGGACUGGGCGUGCCAUGGGUCACCAGGCAGCACGCUCGGCUGCUCCGCUGACAGCCAGUGGGCUGCCCGGGAUAUCAAGAUGCCUGGACUCCGAGCCUGUCUAGUUGUGACAGAGAGAUGAGCUGAGGGGCCAACAUCUAUCUCCACAACAAUGUCCAUGAACAAUUCCAAACAGACAGUGUCUCCUGCAGCUGGGCUCCUUUCAAACACAACGUGCCAGACAGAAAACCGGCUUUCAGUAUUUUUUUCAAUCAUCUUCAUGACGGUGGGGAUUUUAUCCAACAGUCUUGCCAUUGCCAUUCUCAUGAAGGCCUAUCAGAGAUUUAGACAGAAGUCCAAAGCAUCAUUUCUGCUUCUGGCUAGUGGCUUGGUAAUCAUAGACUUCUUUGGUCAUCUCAUCAACGGAGCAAUAGCAGUCUUUGUAUAUUCAUCUGAUAAAGACUGGAUUCGAUUCAAUCAAUCAAACAUCCUCUGCAGUAUUUUUGGUAUGUGUAUGGUAUUCUCUGGUUUGUGCCCACUUUUUCUAGGCAGUGUGAUGGCCAUUGAGCGGUGCAUUGGAGUCACCAAACCAAUUUUUCAUUCAACGAAGAUUACAUCCAAACAUGUGAAGAUGAUGUUGAGUGCAGUGUGUUUGUUUGCUGUGUUAGUGGCUUUGUUGCCAAUCUUUGGGCACCGAGACUAUAAAAUUCAAGCAUCAAGGACUUGGUGUUUUUACAAAACAGAAUACAUUGAAGACUGGGAAGAUAGAUUUUAUCUCCUACUUUUUUCUUUUCUGGGCCUUUUGGCUCUUGGUGUUUCAUUCUUGUGCAAUGCUAUCACAGGAAUUACACUUUUAAGAGUUAAAUUUAAAAAUCAGCAGCAUAGACAAGGAAGAUCUCAUCAUUUUGAAAUGGUUAUCCAGCUCCUGGCCAUAAUGUGUGUCUCCUGCCUUUGCUGGAGUCCAUUUCUGACAUUCCUCAUCCUGACCUCAGCUUCCACAUAUCUCCUGCCAGAUUUUUGUAAAGCAACUAUGGCCAACAUUGGAAUAAAUGGAAAUAAUUCUCUAGAAACCUGUGAAACAAUACUUUUUGCUCUUCGCAUGGCAACAUGGAAUCAAAUCUUAGAUCCCUGGGUGUAUAUUCUUCUGCGGAAGGCUGUCCUGAAGAAUCUCUACAAGCUUGCCAGGCGCUGUUGCGGAGCACAUAUCAUCAGCUUACACAUUUGGGAGCUCAGCUCCAUUAAAAAUUCUUUAAAGGUUGCUGCUAUUUCUGAGUCACCAGUUACAGAGAAAAUAAACCCGCAAGCACCUAAUUUAGUUGGGCAGUCAGUGUAGGGCUAGAACAAAAUUAAGAAAAGUUUUGGUGAAAUUUCACUUAACAAGAUAGCUAUAUAUACAGCCCAACUAGAAAAUUCAGACCUCAGCAUGUAAUUUUAUAAAGCAGUUUGGUCAGAUUUGGCCUUAAAAUUUAAGGUAGCUGCCUGGAUGUAUAUUCCCACUUGUUUUUGACAUCUGGAGGUAGAAUGAAAUAAUGCUACAUGAGUCAAGUAGAAAAUAACUGAGUUUCCCUAUGUGAUUCAUCCUUUUGGAAUAAAUGAAUCUGUUGAGGCCUGGUGCAUUUACUUGACUUUAUUUGCUAGAGAACAAACACCUUAAUAAUUCCUGUACAAAGAAAUGGCAAUUUUGGGAUUACUGCUAUGCACCUAUUCCUAAUAGUUUCUAGUAAAUACAGAGUCCCGAGUCUUUAUGUCUGAUUCACCAGUCUUUAUAUAACCAGGACUCAUGGUGGCUUUUAACCACUGCUACUCUGCCAGAUCUGCUUGACAGGAGGUUGGCCUGGUUUUGCCAGGUUCUUCUAAAUGGUCCCAUUCUUGUCAUCUUGACAAGUACAAUUGAUCAAUUUUAUUAUUAUGGAGAUCAGUUGUUGUUUGAAGGUAUUUUUGGCAACUUUUGGAUUUGCAAUGUUUAAGUAAUCUCCCUUUAUUCUGAAAUAUGUAGUGUACUGGUAUUUAAUAAAUUUUGGAUGAAAGAUCUGUCUUAGCUCUGAUAUAGGUAACUUGCAGAUUGCAGUUCCUCAAGAGCUCUACCAUGAAAAGUACAAGUAAAUACACAAAUCCCCAGUGGUAUAUAUAAGGAGCAUUGAUUGGCAGAAGGUGCUAAACACUGAGUCAUCAUUUCUGUGUCAGAGAAUAAAAGAAACAUAAAACAUGAUGUUGAAAGGCUCUCUUAGCUAGUACAUUUCUCUCUCUCUCUCUCUCUCUCUCUCUCUCUCUCUCUCUCUC